UUUGUAUUAAAAAAAAACAGAAUAUAAAAAGUAGACAGAUAAAUCCAGUAAAGAGAGGCGUUAGUAAGAUAGAAUGAUAAGGCUCUCUUUGCCAUCCGCCGCCUCUCCUCCGCUCAAACCCAAAAACCACUCCCGCCAUAAAACCUCCACCGCUAAACCUCCCGAUAUCAUCAGCUUCGAAUCACUCAAGAGCUGUCUGAUACGCCAUGCCGAUGUGGGCCGCGUCGAUGAAGCAAUCUCCAUCCUUGAUCUCAUGUCCCGCUCCAAUCUCUGCCCGGAUCUCACCACCUACUCCGUGCUCCUCAAGUCCUGUAUCAGAACCCGAAACUUCCAACUCGGCCGAGCCGUUCACUCCAAACUCGCCCAUUCAGGACUCCAGCUUGACGCCAUCGUCCUCAACUCGCUCAUCACUUUGUAUUCUAAAUGCGGCGACUCCAGGAAAGCGGAGGAGAUAUUCGGCUCCAUGGGUGGAGCCAGGGAUUUGGUUUCGUGGAGUGCUAUGAUUUCGGGCUACGCGCAUAGCGGAUUGAAUUUCGAAGCCAUUUCGUUGUUUUUUGAGAUGCUGGAGUUUGGUGAGCGGCCGAAUCAGUUUUGCUUUUCGGCCGCGAUUAGGGCGUGCUCUAAUCGAGAGUAUGCGAGAAUUGGGUUGGUAAUUUUUGGCUUUCUGAUGAAGACUGGGUACUUUGAGUCGGAUGUGUGCGUAGGUUGUGCCUUGAUUGAUUUGUUUGCGAAGGGAUUUGGUGAUUUGGAGUCUGCAAAGAAACUGUUCGAUGAAAUGCCUGAAAAAAACUCUGUUUCUUGGACUUUGAUGAUCACGAGGUUUAUGCAAAUGGGUUCUUCAAUGGAUGCAAUUGAGUUGUUUUCGGAUAUGUUGAUUGAGGGGUUUGUCCCCGAUAGGUUCACUUUUAGUAGUUGUUUAUCAGCUUGUUCGGAGCUGGGAUUGUUGCAUAUUGGGCGCCAGCUGCAUAGUUGGGUAGUCAAAACUGGGCUUAGUUUGGAUGUCUGCGUGGGGUGUAGUUUAGUUGAUAUGUAUGGUAAAUCUACGUCGGAUGGAUCUAUGGAUGACUCGAGGAAGGUUUUUGACAGAAUGCCGGAGCAUAAUGUAAUGUCAUGGACUGCGAUUAUCACAGGAUACGUGCAGAAAGGAGGGCGGGACGUGGAAGCUAUUGAAUUGUAUUGUAGGAUGAUAACAGAGGGCAGAGUUAAGCCAAAUCACUUCACAUUUGCUAGUCUGUUGAAGGCAUGCGGGAAUCUUUUCAAUCCGAGAUUAGGUCAGCAGAUUCAUGGUCAUGCCAUGAAAUUGAGUCUUGCAGAGAUUAAUUGUGUUGGGAACUCUCUGAUUAGCAUGUAUGCCAAGAUGGAUAGGAUGGAAGAUGCAAGAAAAGCUUUUGAGUUCUUGUUUGAAAAGAAUUUGGUUUCAUUUAAUGCAUUAGUCGAUGGUUACACUAGAAAUAUAGGUUCUGAUGAGGCUUUUGGACUUUUUAAUCAAAUUGAAAGUGCUAGUGUUGGUGCCGAUGCUUUCACAUUUGCUAGUCUCUUGAGUGGUGCUGCGAGUAUUGGAGCAGUCGGGAAAGGAGAGCAACUACAUGCUCGGUUACUGAAAGCAGGAUUCGCGUCCAACCUGUGUGUCUGCAAUGCUCUGAUCUCUAUGUACACAAGGUGUGGCAACAUAGAAGCUGGAUUUCAGGUUUUUGGAGAAAUGGAAGUUCGGAAUGUGAUAUCUUGGACAUCCAUCAUCACGGGAUUUGCUAAACACGGAUUUGCAAGACGAGCUCUGGAUUUGUUCGAGCAAAUGCUUGAUUUUGGUGUAAAACCGAAUGAGGUUACUUACAUUGCAGUUUUGUCAGCUUGUAGUCAUGCGGGUUUGGUCGAUGAGGCGUGGAGGCAUUUCAACGCAAUGUUGAAAGAGCAUGGGGUAAGGCCAAGAAUGGAACACUAUGCAUGUAUGGUUGAUGUAUUAGGUAGAUCAGGGUAUCUGGAUAAAGCUAUGAAGUUAAUCAAAUCAAUGCCUUUCACUGCCGAUGCUCUAGUGUGGCGCACGUUGCUCGGUGCAUGCAGUGUUCAUGGCGAUGCAGAGCUUGGCAAGCAUGCUGCCGAGAUGAUCCUUGAGCAAGACCCGGACGAUCCUGCAGCGCACGUCUUGCUCUCCAACUUGUAUGCCUCGACGGGCCAAUGGGAAGACGUGGCGAAGAUCAGAAAAGGGAUGAAGGAGAGGAAUUUGGUGAAGGAAGCAGGGUGUAGCUGGAUAGAGAUUGCAAACAAUGUGCAUAAGUUCUACGUUGGAGACACGAAACACCCCGAGGCUAGGGAGAUAUAUGAAGAAUUAGAGAGGUUGGUGAUGAAGAUAAAAGAAAUGGGAUAUGUUCCAGACACCAGCUUCGUGCUGCAUGAAGUGGAGGAGGAAGAAAAGGAAAGAUAUUUGUUUCAACAUAGUGAGAAGAUAGCAUUGGCCUAUGGUCUUAUAAGCACAGCCAAAGCAAAGCCAAUCAGAAUCUUUAAAAACCUUCGAGUAUGUGGGGACUGUCAUGCUGCAAUGAAGUAUGCAUCAGUGGCGAGUGGGAGAGAGAUAGUGGUGAGGGACUCGAAUAGGUUUCACCACAUCAGGGGUGGGAGAUGCUCUUGUAAUGAUUAUUGGUGAAUGGUUUUGAAUGAGUUCCACAUAUAUCUUGGGUUGUCAUUUCUCUGACUGUCGCUCUCAUAACUGUUAGAAGUAUAAUGAAAAUAUGAUUGCUACUUUCAUU